CAAGAAAGAGGAAAGCUAGAAAGAGGAGAGAGAGAGAGAGAGAAAAAGAGAGACCAUUAUGAUGAAGCUUCCUCAUUCUUUGUUGUGUGUGACAGUACUAUUAUCAUCACUAUUCCAAUUCACAUUUUCAUGGCUAACAACACCACCAUUGCCAAUCCUUCCUCUCCCAUCCUAUUCCCAACUCAAAUGGCAACAAAGAGAGAUCAUCAUGUUCCUCCACUUCGGAGUCAAUACCUUCACCAACUCCGAAUGGGGAACCGGGCAAGAAAACCCGGACAUUUUCAACCCGACCGGGCUCAACGCCGAUCAAUGGGUCGACACCGCGGUCCAAGCCGGAAUCUCUCUCAUGAUUCUCACUGCAAAACACCAUGAUGGUUUUUGCUUGUGGCCUUCCAAGUACACUGACCAUUCUGUCAUUGGAAGUCCGUGGAAAGACGGUCAUGGCGACGUUGUUCAAGCUCUAGUGGACGCCGCAAAAUCUCGCGGCGUCGAUAUUGGCUUGUAUCUGUCACCGUGGGAUCGGCAUGACCGGAGGUAUGGCAAUAAUGUGGAGUACAAUGAGUAUUAUUUGGCCCAAUUACAAGAGCUACUCAACAAUUAUGGAAGUGUUAGAGAGAUAUGGUUCGACGGAGCAAAGGGAGCGAAUGCGACAAACAUGACCUAUUAUUUUAGUGAUUGGUUCGGAAUGGUGAAGGAAUUGCAGAGCACAAUCAACAUUUUUUCCGAUGCCGGACCGGACGUGAGAUGGGUCGGAGAUGAAAAAGGGUUUGCUGGGAAGACAUGCUGGUCCACUAUUAACCGUACCUCACUCUCAAUCGGAAAUGCAAGCAUUGUUAAUUAUCUCAAUACUGGUGAUCCGAAAGGAACCGAUUGGCUACCGGCAGAGUGCGAUGUUUCGAUCCGAACUGGGUGGUUCUGGCAUAAAUCACAAGAACCAAAGAAACUGAGCCAAUUGCUAGAGAUCUAUUACAACUCGGUCGGACGAAACUGCUUGCUACUACUCAAUGUGCCGCCUAAUACGACCGGUCUAUUAUCUGAGAACGAUGUGCAACGAUUGAAAGAGUUUAGAAGUGCAAUUGACACCAUUUUUUCAACAAAUUUGGCUGAGAAAUGUUCUACAAAAGCAAGUAGCCAAAGAGGAGGUAAGGACGGUGGUUUUGGGCCCGAAAAUGUUUUAGAUAGUGACCAUUUAUGGACCUAUUGGGCUCCCAGUGAUCAAGAAAAAGAUUAUUGGGUUGAAUUUAGGGCAACAGAUGAAAAGUUGAUAUUCAAUGUGGUCAGAAUUCAAGAGGCAAUCGGACUGGGUCAACGAAUCAAACAACACGAAAUUUACAUCGACGGGAAUUUGAUUGCGAGGGGGACCGUUGUAGGUUAUAAGAAACUUCAUAGAUUUGAAAAGGGAGUAGUAUACGCCUCCAGUGUGACAAUCAAAAUCACCAAAUCACGAGGGGUGCCUUUAAUUUCUUCCAUUGGCCUCCACUUUGAUCCCUUUUGGCAUCCAAAAGAGCAGUAACUUCAAAAUAUUGGUCCAUUAAGUGCCUCACUUUUCCAUUUAGCUUUUGGACAUGCCCAUUGUUUGUGCUAUAUUGUCUUAUUUAUGUGCUAAAGUCCCAAAGUUGUGCCACAAGAAAGCACUAAAGCUUUAAAGUUAAUAAAAUUCAAGUCUUCAUUUAAGCAAGGCA